GAGAAAUAAUAGGAUCUUUUAUCUUCAAUUUGCAUUUACUCAAAGUUGCAGAACCGACCAUUAAAUGCGUCAUAUAGUUCGAGAAAGUGAGAAAACAAGUGUAUAUACAGUAGAAGAAACACGUUAGAGAACCAUGAAAUCUUCUGUUGUGUUGUCCAAAUCUCAACACGUGUCCCUCUGUUUCUCUUGUUUUCGGAGAAGUUUUGCAACUUCUUUUGAUGUUUCUCGUCCGAUACCAUCUUUGGUUAACCUCGACCGUUUUGAUCGCCUAAUCAGCAGUGGAUGGAAGAAGGCACAAGAGUGGAUGGGAAGAUGAGUUGGAUUUGGAGGAAAGGAGUUAGUGUGGGAAAGAAGGUUCUUGCAGCAUGUUUUCUAGUGUUUUCUGCACCGUUCCUCGUUCCAGCACUCGUAGUUGCCUCUACAAUCGCGUUGAUUUCGUCACUUCCUUAUUGUUUUUUCUUGGCGAGCUAUGUUUGUACGGAGAAGUUGAUGAGAAAGCUGCUUCCUGCUAAUGCGUUUAGUGGAAGAAGUGAUCAUAAAAUGAUGCUACUCCCCAACAAGAUCGGUGACGGUGAUAUAUAUGAUGAAGGCAUAUCACGAGUGUCUAUAAGUGAGCCGAUUCUUGUUCAUAUUGAGGAAGAGAGGACUAUUGCAAUAGCUUAUAGGGAAGAUGAGGAUAUGACAAAAGAGUUAAAGAGCUGGUUAGAGAGUAUUACAGAUGAGGGUAAAAAUAAUCAAUCACUUGAUAGAGGAGUCUUGGAAAAAGGUUUUGAAGAGGAGGAUAAAGAUCAGUCAAUAGUUCGUGGAGAUGCCAAGUCAGAGAAUGUUAGACCACGACUUGAAGAUCUGUUAGGAAAGAAGCAAGUGUCUGGGACUAGACAUAAAGGGGAACUUGAGUCUACUUCAACUACAGCAGCUAGAGGGAAGGAUAUGGAAAAUUCUUCAACUCCGGUGAAGGUGUUGUAUAGCGAGGAGCAGAUAUGGACAACGAUUGAGGCAUUAAGGAAGGUAGUUGGAUACAAUGUUGCAAGGAGCAUGACAUAUUCAGAAGAACUGAAGGCGCUUUACAUGUUUACGGGUGUGGAAUUGCCGACAUCGAUGUUGGAGAAUGAGAAUCAUGAUAUUGCAAACGUCAGUGAGGGGCUUUCCUUUCUAAUGUCUGUUAUUGGAAUAAAAUAAGGUUUUUGAUAGUAUUGUUGUAUAGCUUUAAACACUCGUCUUUUGAUAAUGCACAAUGAUAAAUAGAAAAUGUGCUCAAAUAACACUUAAAAGUGAGUUUAU